AAACAUGGCUGCCUGUCAACUUUUUGUUGUGUUGGCACUGUUUACCACCGUUUUUAGUUCAAAAUACGAAGAAAAUGCAAAGGUGGUAAUGUAUGUGAACAAAGUUGGUCCAUACUUCAACCCACAUGAGACCUACCACUACUACCAGCUGCCUGUAUGCAGGCCAGACAAGAUUGAACACAAGAGCUUGACCCUGGGCGAGGUUUUGGAUGGAGAUCGUAUGGCUGUCUCUAUGUACAACAUCAACUUCAAACAGGAUGUAGCGAACAAGGAACUGUGUCGUGUGCGGUUUGAAGAAGACGACUUACAGCUGCUGCGAGAUGCUAUCGAGGAUCUGUACUACUUUGAGUUUGUCAUAGAUGAUAUUCCAAUUCGCGGGUUUAUUGGUCACUUAGAAGAGGGGGGCUUUCUCCCUCACACCCAUAAAGUCUACCUGUGGGCUCACCUUCAUUUUAACAUCGAGUAUAAUGGAGAACACAUCAUCUACGCAAAUGUCUCGACGAAGGAAAAGGAGCCGGUCAGUUUGGACGAUGUUACGGCCCCACUGGAAGUGGCGUUUACCUACAGUGUGAAGUGGCAUAAUUCUGGGUUAAAAUAUGAGGAGCGCUCCAAGAGACUGCGAGACAACAGCUUUUUCCCCAAAACUCUCGAGAUCCACUGGUUGAGUAUUAUCAACUCCAUGGUCCUCGUGUUCCUGCUUAUCGGCUUUGUCGUUAUUAUACUGUAUAAGGACUACAAACUUGAUAUGGAUUCCAUAGCUCUGACUCGGGUGUUGAAAUCAGACUUUGCUCGCUACAACGUUGAUGAUGAAGAAAGUGAGGAGCUGGACCAGGAAGACAAUGGCUGGAAAAUCAUCCACACUGACGUCUUCAGAUUCCCCGCAUAUAAAAACCUCUUCUGUGCAAUUCUUGGUGUAGGUAUGCAGUUCCUCACGCUAGCUACAGGGAUAAUAAUAAUGGCUAUGAUGGGAUUGUUCAAUGUUCAUCGACACGGUCAAAUAAACUCCGCAGGUGUUAUAUUGUACGCCUUCACCUCAUGCAUAAGUGGGUAUGUGGCGACAAACAUGUAUCGGAAGAUGGGCGGGGAUAACUGGGUUUGGAACAUCAACCUGACCUCCGCACUUUUUGCUGCCCCAUUUGUUUUUGUCUGGUCAUUGGUGAACUCAGUAGCGUGGGCUUAUGGGACAACCCAAGCUUUGCCAUUCGGAACGAUCAUCUUACUGAUGUGCCUUUGGAUGUUUGUUGGGUAUCCCUUGACCGUGAUAGGGGGAAUAUUUGGUAAGAACUGGGCAAACGGGUUCGACGCCCCAUGCCGUACCAAAAACAUCUCACGGGAAAUCCCAUCAGUGCCAUGGUAUCGAUCUGCCUUCGCCCAUUGUCUUGUAGGAGGAUUCCUGCCCUUCAGUGCGAUAUCUGUGGAGCUGUAUUACAUCUUCUCGACACUGUGGGGCCGAGAGCAGUACACACUGUAUGGCAUCCUGUUUAUCGUGUUUGGAAUCCUGCUGAGUGUGACAGCGUGUAUCUCCGUGGCGCUGACCUACUUCCAACUCUCAGCGGAGGACUAUCGUUGGUGGUGGAGGUCCAUAUUCAGUGCAGGGUCGACAGGGGUGUUUGUUUUCCUGUACGCGCUGUUCUACUAUUACAAACGGUCAAACAUGUCUGGUCUACUUCAAAGCCUUGAGUUCUUUGGUUACACCGCACUCACAUGCUACGUGUUCUUUCUCAUGCUUGGAACAGUGUCGUUCUUCGCGUCACUGACAUUCGUGCGCUAUAUCUAUGUGAAUCUGAAAAUGGACUAGUCCUUGUGAACUGUGCUGUAAUAUUGAUAGUGAAAUUUUACAUGAGGGUUGACUCUUAAGUUCUGUUGCAGUAAUAUUUUGAAGUCAGGGUUGGCUCAAAAGUUACGCUGCUUAUAAAUGAGUUAAUUAAUCCUUUCAGCAGCUCAACAUGGAUUUAUUAAACUUUUCAAUAUCUAAAAAAGACAGCAAGAUGGUACUGCUUGAAGUGAUAGGAUCUUCAUUGACUGGGGCUCAGCAGUGCCCUCCAUGUUUAUGGCGUUGAUUUGGUUAGUUUUUGGGCCAGGUUUUUUCUUCUUUUGUUUAUCUUUCACAAAUUUUUGACAUUUUAGUGUCAUUUUUUUCUCACCUAAAUUAUGGCAUUAUUUGGCGUCAUGUUUGGCUUAUGUAAGUAAUAUAACAGUGAAAGAAGAAUAUCUGCUUUGACAAAUCAUUGUUCAGUGUGCAUACUAUGUAUGUGUGAUCUGGACAAUGAAACAUCAUUCAGUCAUGUAAUAUUAGGAUUCUGAUAGUGAUUAAAACAUAUGACCUUUAUGGUCAGUACUAGGAAGUCAGGGUUGGGUCUUGAAAUGGAAAUUAGUGCUAAACAAUCUGUAUGAUUUGAAAACAAUAUCAGGUUCUGUGUGCAUAAUGUGUUACAACGCCUCUGAUAAUCUGAGAGUAAAUAAGUGUCUUGGGCUGUUGUAAUAAAAAUCUGAGUCAAAAAAUUAAAUUAUAUUAGUAUCUUGUUACAUAUUUGAAUGAAUUGAACUUUAGCCAGAAUUAAAAUGAACAAAAUAUUGAGGGAAAUAAAGAAAUAGUGGUUGCAAUAAGUACCGUUUAUACAGAUUAAAGAUUAUUAAAGUUACGAAUAAGAUCCUUUCAUGAAACGAGGCCUUAGAAAUGUACAAAGGGAGUUUUGUUGUUCAAAUGAUGGAACUUUUUAUUUCUUAGUAUUUGAAAUAACCUAAUGUGAUAAUGGAAAGCAUAGAAUCAUUAUAUGUAUAUGUUGGUUGAUAUAAAAAUAUAGAGUUAGUCAUUAUGAAUUGCUUUAUUCUGAAUAUGAUGAUUGAGAGAAUAUGAAUGACUGUACGUUCAGUUUGAACUGAGCUAUGUUGUAUCUAUGUUAGAACUGAGCUAUGUUAACUCUGUAUUUGAACUGAGCUAUGUCAACUUUAUGUUAGAACUGAGCUAUGUUAACUCUGUGUUUGAACUGAGCAAUGUUAAUUCUAUGUUUGAACUGAGCUAUGUUAACUCAGUGUUAGAACUGAGCUAUGUUCACUCUUAUGUUAGAACUGAGCAAUGUUAACUCUUAUGUUAGAACUGAGCUAUGUUAACUCUGUGUUAGAACUGAGCUAUGUUAACUCUGUGUUAGAACUGAGCUAUGUUCACUCUUAUGUUAGAACUGAGCAAUGUUAACUCUAUGUUUGAACUGAGCUAUGUUAAUGUUUUAACUAUAUGGUAGUGCAUUUAGUUAGGUGAAAAUGUAGAGUAAAACUAAUUCCAUGUUAUAAUCCAGGGUGUGAUUUCCCCGGGGAUUCAUGGAUUCCCACAGAUCCAAUGGCUCCAGGGACCAAAAAUAUAUAAAAAAAAUGGUUUUAACACCCCAGUUUACUUCAAUUUCAAGCCAGGAGUCCUCAAAAGUUCAGUUUCACUUCUGCGGAAGGAGGGUUAUGCCCUAACGUGUCGCCCAAAUGGUUUCAGUCCUUCAGCAGCCAGGUCCGUCACAUCCCUGUCACAUGUUUAUUGUUAUUUUGUGGGCUAUUAUAGUGAUUUUAAUUUAUUUUACCAUACUUUUAUUCAUUUAACAUUAGUUUCUCUAAUAUAGUUAAACACAUGUAUGUAAAACAUUUAGGAAUGUCAGAAUACCUCAUACCUCUAAAAAGACCCCUGUCAUGUGUAAUGAAGAAUCAUUAAAGUAAGUAUUCUAUAAAAAAAGAAGAGUUAAUGAUCUAGAAUAAGUAAAGAAGAAAAAUGCUUGUAAUGGAUUUAUCUUUGGCCAGCCUAGCAUUUAAAUACUAAUUGCUUACUUAUCUUUCUUUACAGCUAAAAUUGCAGUGAUUUUAAACUGUAAAAUAGCUUGAGUCAUGGAUUUUAAUUAAAACUUGCCAGUUUAUCUUAAAAAAUACUUGCCAAAUUACAUGUCAAAAUGAAACAGAAAAAACUUUUGACUAUAGAUAAAACAAAUUGCUGUAUCCAUUGUUCCUGGUUUACGCUUAAAAUUAUUUAAUAUAUGCAAGAUAAAAUCACAUUAUAAGUGUAUUAUUGUUUAAGUGUAUAUUUCGUUGGCUUUUGUUAAGCAUAUCGUUAGAUUAUUAUUAUUGUUAAAUGAUUUGUUGUACAUAUAUUAAGAGGGAAAUGUGAUUUCCAUCCGGUUUGUGUAUUAUGUCAUUCAUGUAUGAAGUUAAAACCAUGAGAAUAUAUUAUCAUUUGUUUUUGUGAUAAGAGAGGAAUUUAUUUGUGUAAAAAUCAUAAAUAUUCAAAUGCAGAAAUAUCUACGAGGGUUAUUCAAAAAGUUCUGGUCUCUCAUCUAGUUCUGUUGUAUGGUAACUGAUUUCUAAUAUGAAUUUUAAGAAAACUAAUAAGGUUCUUGCACUUAAAAUAUGAAGAACAUCUUGAUGAAAAGUAUAGGGUGCUUUAAAUAUUUCAAAUAUUCAUAAUGUUCAUAAAAAUUUCGAAAAUAAUCAGUAAGUUAAAAAAAAUCACUAAGAAGUGAUGAAUAUGGCUCCUGUUUGUGUUUUGUAGAUAAAGGCUCAACCAAUUUGUUCCAGUAGAGGCUUUCUGUAAAAAAGCGAAGCUAAACAGGCAUUACAGAACUUUUAGAAGUACCCUCAUAUUUAUGAAGUACUGUGUAUGUGUUUAUCAUUGAUGACAUUGUACAAGGUAGAUAUCACAUAAAUCAAUUUGUUUUACGCCUCUGCUUUUUUUAUGGAAGAUUUGGUCAUAACUUCUUAGUCCUCGGUAUGUGAGAAAAGAAAUGUCACAUUAUUGUGUCCAAGAAUAUUCAGUCAAUUUUUAGACACGCAUUCAAAAUCUCUUGAUUUUCAGAACAAAUUUCAGAACAAAUUAGUUCUGGAAGGUCAUCAGAAAUAUUGCAUGUAUGUGAAAAAUAAAAUAAUUUACGAUAAACGGCAAAUGAUUUUAUUAACAAUAAGAAGUUAUGACGAGAUCUUGCUCUGACCUCUCCAUACACACACAGACUUCAGAGUACAUUGCUUGCCUGGUAAAAACAGAUUAUACAUACAUAAUCAUAUAAAAAUAUUUCCUAGAUCAUCAUAUUUUGUAUAGUCUUUAGUAUUUUAAUCUGUCAAGGUUGGGCUUAAAGCUCUGGCCCCGAUUUCUCGAAACUUCUUAAGUCCCUUAUAACAGGAUUAAGCUAAACUCACUAUUUUUAUUGUUCUAUAAUAUGCCUUAUAUUUACUUCUUUAAGAGAUUUUAGAAAUUAUAUAAGAAUAAUCUGUAUGAUAAUCAGAAUAAACUGUUUUUCAUUUAUCAAAAUCCAUUUUAAGUAUGUAUAUUGGCUAAUUGAAAUGCGCUUUAGAAGGUUCGAGAAAUUGGGGCCAGGCUGUUUAAAUGGGAAAAUAUUAAUAGAAGGCUAGAAAAUAGCUCCACAGUAGCAGAUGAUCUAAACAUGUUUAUAUGUAUUAUUCAUGAUAAUAAGUUAUGUGCUCACACCGUUUGAAAUCCUUAUAAUCAUUACAAAACAAACUCCCACACUUUUAUGAAACCUGACAACACAGGGGUCGUGAUAUGCAGCUUGUUCAUGUACAAAUUGUUCAUGUUUUUGUGGAUUACAUUUUAAGUUUGGGUCAAUUACCAAAUAAUGAGGAGAAUGUUUUGUUGGCGUGUCCAUACAGUUAUAUGUAUAUUAAUGAUUUUGCAGGUUUGAAAGUUAUGGCAUGUACAUGCUUGAAUAGUGUUUUGUAACCUAUCUUAUAUCGCAUCUUUUAUUGAGUGAUCAUUGUUUAAUCAUAUUGUUGAAAUGCAUGCAUGGUAGAUCUUACUGUGUUACUGGAGGAGUGGAGACAUAUUUGAUCAUGUAAGACACUGGAUGUUCUUAUGAAUAAAUUAUUUUGCUGUA